AUGACAUACUUUUCGGGCAGACUAAGAGCACUUGAGAAAAAAAUGAAUCAAGAAAAAUUAGCUCUCAUUAAAGAGUUACACAAGCCUGCGAGAAGAAAUUAUUCAAGACGAAAAUUUGACAUUCGAGGAAUCGAUGAAACUUUGCUAGCCGAUCUUGUGGAAAUAACGACAUAUGCAAAAGAAAAUAAAGGUUACAAAUACAUUUUGACUGUCAUCGAUAUUUUCUCAAAAUUUGCCUGGGCUGUUCCUGUAAAGAAUAAAACUGGUGAAGACGUUACUGCUGCUAUGAAAUCAGUACUGCAUCAAGGUCGUGUGCCAAAAAAUUUACACGUUGAUCAAGGAAAAGAAUUCUACAAUACGCACUUUAAGAAUCUCAUGAAACAAUAUAAAACAAAUAUGUAUUCUACAUUUAGUAAUUUAAAAGCUGUAAUUUGUGAACGAUUUAAUCGUACAUUAAAAAAUAAAAUGUGGAUGCAACUUAGUUUACACGGAUAUACACCAAAUUGGACAACAGAAAUCUUCACCAUUGAUGUUGUAAAUAAUACUGAACCAACGACUUACUUACUAAAAGAUUAUCAAAAUAAUCCAGUUGCUGGAAAUUUUUAUCAACAAGAACUCGCUCCAGCUAAUAAUCCUGAUAUUUAUUUAGUUGAAAAAGUAAUAAAAAAACGUGGUAAUAAGAUUUAUGUAAAAUGGUUAGGUUUCGAUAAUUCUCACAAUAGUUGGAUAGAAAAUAUGUAA